AUGCCUCCUAAAAUACCUCUAGCCGAGCUGGGGACUCGGAACAACUUUAUAUGUCGAUCUUGUUUGGGGCAGCUUCAGAAACCCCAAGCCCAAUCAUGGCAGCCCCGGUCAUUCUUUACAUCAGCUGUCGCGACAGCUCGAAAACAGUCUCCGAGAACUAAGGCGGCACCGGCUAAAGCCCCAGUUGAAGAUGAGUCGGCAACUGUUCGAUUCUUUCAGCAAGAUGAGAGUGGAAAGCUGCGGCAGUUCAGGGAUCAGGAGGAUUUCUCGAAAGCUAUGAACCACGAUGUCGAACUGCAACUUCAAGAAUUGGAGGGAAAGCUGAAGGAGGCAGGUCGCCUGAUGAAGAUGAUCCAGGGCAACGGCGCAAAGUCCCAGACGGAGAGACUCAAGAGACAAUACCGCAGGCAUAUGGAACAGCUAAAAGAUGCCGACGACUUUAGCGUCUCGAAGCUCACGCCCGUCAAGACCACGAACCUGACCCCGACCCAGACAAAACACGUAGACAAAUUGAACACACUACUACGGCGCGCGGACAAGGAAUACAACAGGGGCGAGAUCAAAUCGAGGACGAUAGCAGCAGCUUGGAACGCAUAUGCCCUGGCUCGAGUAGGACUCGCGAAAUCAUGGGACAACGUACCCGCGGACGUUUGGGAGUCCAUGUGGAACAUCUUUGCGGCGGAUCUUGAAGACAACAACAAUCGAAUGGCCCAUAUAUACAUCCUCUCCAAGGAUAUGAACGCAGCUCGAAUCCCAUUGGGCGACCCCCAGCAGCUGUUGACGAUCGAGGCCAUGUUUGUUGAGGGCUGGGAGAAGGAGGCGAUAGAAAAUUGGAAGAGGGCAUCUUCUGUUCUUGGUGCCAAAGCGGAGACGUUGAAUGAGUACUGGGAGUUGGGCAUCCGGAUGUGCUCGUUGAAUGGAGAUCUGGACCGAGCAGAGCGAGCGUUCAAAGCCUUGAGCGCUGCUUCGUCAGACUUCAAUCCGCGCAUCCUUGUACCAUUCAUCAGGGCCUGCGCCUCGAGAGAUGUCAACCAUGAGAGGGGAUGGGAAGCUUAUCGUCGGCUCCGAGAUCUCCUGGGCGACUCAAUGGCUAUCGAGGAUUACGACGAGGUUAUAUCGUGCUUCCUCUCUUCGAGCCAGACAGACUAUGCGCUUCACGUGUUCGUGGACAUGAUGUUCUCAGGGGCUAUCGACGUCCAUGGCAAGACCAAGCUUCCCUCAGCUGUCAGCAACCAGUUUUUCCUUGGGAAGUGGCUGAAGCGGCUGAUCGGGGCUGGGGAUCUUGACGGCGCUCAGAAGGUCCUGCAAUUCAUGCAGAGCAAGGGCAUUAUGGCGGCAUCAGUCCAGGUCAAUGGUCUCAUUGGUGCGUGGCUGAGGUCCGGCACGGCAGAGAAUCAGGAAAAGGCAGACGACCUGGCUUGGGCAAUGAUCCGCUCUCGCCAUGUCUUUGUUGAGCUACGGCAGCGCGAGGCCGCGCUCGAGUGGCCUCUGCGAUUAUGGCAGAGCGGCAAGGUGAAGGAGAACGUUGCAGGCCUGGUUUUCGUCCCCAGGGCUACACUCGAAACCUUCUCUCUGAUGGCCGAAAACUAUCGGAGCCGAGGGCUGCAUGGCCGGCUGGAGCAGCUAUGGGUUGCGUUCAAGGAGGCCGACAUCUCGACUGAUGCCUUCAUGAUGAACCAGCUGCUCGAGUCGUACGUGCAGAACGGGAAAGGGCCGGACGCGUUGCAGAUGUAUCGCACCAUGACCCGGGAUCACGACCUUUUGCCCGACCACUACACGUUCUUGACGCUUUACAAAUCGCUGCCUAUCAACCGAAUGCUGUGGCUGUCGGUGUCAGAGGAGCAGAAGGAGGCCGAUGCUGUCGUAUGCCGCGAGCUCUUCCGGGACAUGGUGGGCUCUUUCUGGGUGUUUGAAGAUGACAAUGCCCAUGAGCAGCUCGCGCGGCUCAUUCUCCACUCUUUCCGCAAGGUUGAGGAUUAUGUUGGCUUCAUUGUGGCAUUCAGAACGCUCAGGGAGCUGUUCAAGUUCGCUCCGACGGAUGUGCUCACCGUCGAGAUGGUGGCGGAGACGCCGGAUCUGCACAGGGACACGCCCCGCACUCGCAAGAGGAUCGUAGAGGCUACGAUGAAGAUUCAGUCGAUGCUGGCUGCUCAGCCGAUGGCGGGGGCGGAGGACCUCGAGAACAUCACGCCUGAACGGAAAAGAGACGAGCUGGCAGCUGUCAUCGAGCAGUACUAUAGAAGCAAGAUACCCGCGACGGAGGACGAGUUCGAGGAGAUGUAUGAUGCGGCCGCUCAGGACCUGGGCGUGUACGAUACCUUGACGCCGAGCGGUACAUAA